GGAGGAGGAGGGAGGGGGAGGAGGGUGUCACUAUACAGCUGUAUGCUAAUGAGGCCGAGCUGAGGCCUGUCGGAAAAUAACCGCACACUCACACUUCGACAUAUGUGCGCACUUUGCACAAGGAGCCCCCCAGGCUGAGAAAACACUGCUGGUGAAAUGGAGGUGGAGAGGACGGACAAAUACUGUGCACAAGAAAUACAGACAGUGUUUAUGGUUCAAAACAUAUUCAAAUAUAUAUAACUACACACUUACAGAAAAUAUCUGAACAUAUUCUUUCUCAAACCGGCUCUAAUUUUUAAAAUGGUGCAAAAAAAAUAAUAACAAACUAGUGAUGAAUCAAAAAGAAAAUAAGACAUUUAGGAUUUCUAACUCCUUUAUUUGGAAGAUAAUGUGUUAUUUUUCGUGUCUGGGUUUUUUGUUGGUUUUUCUUUCAGCUAAUGAGUCAAAAUUAUCUGUGUUGUUAUUGAUGCGCUUUCAGUUUUAACUGAAAUAUUCAGACAUGAGAAAACAUCCUAUUUUAUAAUUAUUCUUAUAUCAUGUUUGGUCAGAAAAUGCUGCUCUGCACAAAACCUACAACAACAUGUUGAUAUCAGACUCUUUCAUUUUAUUUUAUUUGAAUUGUCACGUGAAACACAGUCAGAGACAUUUUGACUCUGGUUUCCGGUUUAAUCUCUGACCAGAUAAAAGCUCCACAGCGGAUGUUGUUGUUGUUUUGUGGUUAUUAAUUUGCUUCAGAUCAACUGAAACCUGCUUCUUCUUCUUCUUUGACCUCCUCUCCCGCACUCGUUCCUGCUCUAGUUUGUUCAUUUCUUUUAGUUUCUGACCCGCAGCCCUCUGGGUUUGAUGUGUUUAACCGGCGGAUAAUCUCGGUUUGCCCCAUUUGGAGACACAGAAACGUGCGCACUGAUUACGCACAGCACGCGUCGUUGGAAUCCAGGGGCCACAUUGCUUUUUAGGUUUUUGGGGAAGGGGCACUUCUCCUUCUUCUUCUCCUUUUUCUCCUCCUCCUCCUCCUUUCCCCCCCUCCCCUCUCAACUGUGCAAUUUCCUUUUCAAUCACGGCGGGUCUACAGCUUGCACAAGCGCAGCCAUUGUGAUGCAAAGCAGGACCCCUCCUCUCGCUAUUAAUUAUGUAUGCGUGAAAUGACGGGUUCAUAUGUUCAGAGUUAACUGUCACGCCAGGACUCAGGCUGCGGGGCCACGAAGCUUCCACAUGACUUUUUAUACAUUUAUUUAUCACAUUCUUCUGUUUGUUCAGAUCCAUAUGUACAUUUAUAGUUUAGCUUUUAUUUUAAUUUAACCCCAACGCUCGGUGCGUAAAACUGAUUUAAAUCUGGUUCAGAAUCUGACUCUUUGCUUUAGGGCCGUUUAAUAAAUUUAAAACCAUUUUUUUUAUUUCUCCUCUCUAACCUGAGCUCAUUCUUCUUCUUCUCACUCUCCUGGAUAUUUAUUUUACGCCGUUAUGUGGACGGAUGUGUCCUUUUUGGACAGAUCCCUCCCUCCUCACCCACCACCCGGAGGAGACACAUAAAGCCGAGGCACGUGUAGAUUUCUAUACAAACUCAUCAGACCGUAAAAGCAGGAGGCUCCUGGCGUGUGCCCGGGUCGAGACGAGGAGGAGGAGGAGGAGGAGGAGAGAGUGUGGACGGAGAGAGUGUGUAGAGGGGGGAGGAGGAGGGGGUGAAUACAAUAAAACCCCUCAGGUACAUCUGCUUUGCAAUCUGCAAAUCCUCCCUCCCCUCCACCAGCUCCUCUCCAUCCUCCCACACCCACUCCCCCAAAUCCACAGGGGACCUCGGCUCCUUCUGAUUGGUCGGGGAUGAGGCAACGGGUGAGGGGAGGAGACGGGGGGGGGGGACGGGGACGGGAACAAUGUCAUGAUGUCGCCUUAAAAAGAGUGCAGCUAUGUUGUGGUGGUGAAAUCACCUCGGGAGGAGAGAGCGGGAUCAAUAUCAGGAGGAAGGAAAAACAGAGCGGAGACGCGUCACAUGUCCGUGUCCUCCCGGAGCUCCUCUCACCCACAGUGCCUUCAGCGCCGCGUCCAGCGCCGCGUCCAGCGCCGCGUCCAGCGCGAACAUGCCCAGAGGAUUUUUAGUGAAAAGGAACAAGAAGGCCAACCCGGUGUCCUACCGGGUCCGCUCCGACGACGAGGACGCGGAGCAGACAGCGCCUGAUGCUCCCUCUUCCUCCUCCUCUUCCUCCUCCUCCUCCUCCUCUUCUUCCUGCUCCGCGCCCCUCUCCUCCAUCCCGGUGCGCCCACGGACUCCUACGCCCACCUGCGGGGCUGCGGCCGCGGUUCCGGAGCGGCGCAACAGACCGGUGCAGUUCGGGAACCCGGAGGCGGUGUACCAGGCGCUGUACAGCCCCACCCGCCCCGUCAGCCAGGACCACGACCGCUCCUACCUGGAGAGGCGCUUCAACCUCGGCUCGCCGGUCUCCGCGGAGUCCUUCCCCACACCUGCGGCGCUCACCGCCUUGGACCACCUCUUCGCCCCCGUGGACCUGAAAAUCGGCUCCAGCAACAGCAGCCGCAGCGACGCCAGCGCCGCGUCCUCCGGGACGCUCCCCCCCGCCGCCGGAUCCAAGCGCUCGUCCGGCGACGCGGAGCGCAAAAGCAAACCGCCCUCCAAGAGGACCAAAGCCAUCCGGAAACUGCACUUUGAGGACGAUGUCACCACGUCUCCGGUUCUCGGGCUCAAAAUUAAAGAGGCGCCGGUGGACCAGAAGCCCCCCAGGCCGCAGCCGGCCGGGGGCGACGUCCCGCUGGGGGAGUUUGUGUGCCAGCUGUGCCGGGAAGCGUACGCGGACCCGUUCGCUCUGGCGCAGCACAAGUGCUCCAGGAUAGUCCGGGUCGAGUACAGGUGUCCGGAGUGCGACAAGGUGUUCAGCUGCCCGGCCAACCUCGCCUCACACCGGCGGUGGCACAAGCCGAAGCCCCAGGGAGGAGCGCAACAAGCGGAGAACGAGAAGGCGGCGACGUCCGGGAAGACGGAGGAGGCGAAGGAUUCUAGUGACAGAGACACACCCAGUCCCGAGCCGUCCGAGUCCGGCUCAGAGGACGGACUGUAUGACUGCCACCGCUGUGGCAAGAGGUUUAAGCGCCACGCGUACCUGCGGAAGCACCUGGCGACCCAGCACGGCUCCCCGAAACCAGAGGAGGAGCCGGAGCAGGAGGAGGAGGAGGCGGCGGCGGCGGUGGAGCAGAGCGCGACGCCGCUCAACCUGAGCUCCUCCACCUGCCACCUGUGUCCCGUGUGCGGGGAGAGCUUCAGCAGCAGGGGCAGCCAGGAGCGCCACAUCCGCCUCCUGCACUCGUCGCAGGUCUACCCCUGCAAAUACUGCCCGUCCGUCUUCUACAGCUCCCCGGGACUCACCAGACACAUCAACAAGUGUCACCCGUCCGAGAACCGGCAGGUGAUCCUGCUGCAGAUGCCGCUGCGCCCCGCCUGCUGAUCCCGGACCGGAUCCCGGACCAGAUCCCGGACCGGAUCCCGGACCAGAUCCCGGACCAGAUCCACAGCCGGAUUUAAACGUUACGCUGCAGAAAAUAUCCUCCACAUUUUCAUUUUUCAUUUGUUUUAAUGCAAAGAAGAACAAGUAAAUUAGGAGAACGUUUACAAUGAAAUUUGAAAAUGAAAUUUCUUAAGAGGAAAAAAAGUUUAAUUUGCUGUUUAGUCCUGGAUCUGGCCAGAUUUGACCCUCUGCUGGACCAGCUUUGACCCUCGGACCAUGUGUUUGACACCUGUGCCACAGAGCUUCAGGUUUAAAUCACAUGAGCAGCUGAUGUUUAAAAAAAAAAAAAAAAAAACUUAAAAUCUCAGUUUCCUCCACGUUUCUGAAAUAAUUUGCUCGUUUUUGUUUAAAUCUGGAAGAAAAGCGCUGAGUCUGACUGAUGGUGUAGAACCAAACCUUAGAGGAGGUUUGUUGCCGUGUGACUCGUCAGGAUGCUGCUCGAGGACACUCGUACGUGAACCCCUGACCCCCCCUUCCUUCCUCCACUAUAUAAAAAUGAUCUCUAGACUGUUCAUUUAUUUUUCUAGCGUCUCUGCACAAGUGCUAUUAGCUCGUAGACCUAAGAGGGGGGGCGACCUGCAGCCCCCAGGCCUGAGCAGACCUGACCCCAUCACUCUGAUUAGCUUUAACGUAGCUUUGUGGAUCCGUGGAUCAGUAGCCGUCGCCUACAAACACGAGAGAGUGACUCUAGAGUAGCCGCUAAAUGCCUUUUCAUUAGACUCUGCUGUAAAACUGCCUUAAAGUCACCGGAUCUGAUCGUUCUUAUUUAUCACCGGCUCCGUGCGUGUGCUUCUUCUUUUCUACGAAGCCUCCUGUAUUAUCACUACACAGUAUAUCUAAUCUAAUCUGUUGUUUUUUUCUAUUUAUUUAUGUAUUUAUUAAAUUAUUUGUGUAAAUUAUUGCUCCGUGUGCUCCGACCUGUGCCGUGUUGUAGCCAAAUAGUUUAAUUUAUGGGGAGGACGACUGGACGUGUUCAUGUGACCUUAUAGCGAGUUUGAUGAUAACAACUGAAUGCAAUCAUGUUUUUAUUUAUUCUCCUUCUCUCAGCUCUUAUACUGCUUCGGAUGUUUCUGCAGUAUUUUGCUAAAUGUCCAAAAAAUAAUAAAAAAUACCAAACUGAGAAACAGA